AUGGCUGCCAAUAGUUUCAACUCUUCACAAUCUGUUAGUUCACCAAUAAUAAAGCGGAAAACAAGUGCCACUAAAACUACUUUAACAUUUUUAGAUACGCGAAAAGAAGCUAUUGAUGCUUUAAAAAAGAGCGUGGAAAGAUUAAUGAGUGAAAAAAUGUAG